UGGCAGCUGUGAUUUCAUAAUAAAACAAAUGUGUCCUCUGUGACUUAAAUAAAUUCCUGUGUUUUGUGCUUUGUAAUAAUGUUUUAGUUAACGUUUAAUGUGAGUAGCAUCGAUUUCACCACCUUAAAAUAUCAAAAAUGUCUCAUCAUCCUAGGCACGUUGAAGGUUUAGGAAAUUCUGAUGUUAACAUAGAAAUUUAUCCCUUUUAUCAAACACCUGAUGGAGAGAAGUGUAUGGAAAAGACAUUUUAUUACACAAAAUAUAGUACGAUUGGUGGUGCAGUUUUUUCCGUGUAUGAAAUGGCUUUGAAUUCUCAACCUACCACAAUCUCUGGGGCCAUUGCAAGAUUCGGUCGUUUUACUCUUCCAUUCGCUGGAAUGGGCUUUGUGUUUGGGGCUUCACUCUGUUUAUUAGGCCAGCUGAGAAAGAAAAAUGAUGUUACUAACCAUGUUUUAGCAGGAGCACUUGCAGGAAGCAUAUGGGGCUUUAAAUAUAAUCGUAUAUAUGUUGGUCAUACCAUGGCUGUAUAUGUGGGAUUUGUUGCUGGAUAUUUCAAAUAUUUUGAUGUUCAUAAUAUUCCUAUGUGGUCCAAAUUACCAGAAUGCAGACGAGAGCAUUUACCAAGGCUCGACUUUACCAUUAAAAUGUAUGAGGAUCCUGGACGUCCUAGAGAAGCAUAAAUAUUGUUACUAGAGCUUUUUUUUCUGUAUUAUUAUGAAAACACUGCAGAUUUCAGUAGUUUAUCAUUUAGUUAAUAAAUAUUUUAAAAUCUUG